GUAAAAUAAAAAGUCUCUGGUUUAGUUCUUUUAAAUUUCCGAGCAACGGUGGGAGAGAACGUGUUGAAUAGUUGGGGAGGAGAAUAUAAGCACUUUCUUUCCUUUUCUAUUAAUUCUUCCUCGUUGUCUCCAAACUCGGUCAACUUUCUCCAAUCUUGUCAUCGCCAUGGAUCAAAAGCCUCUCGGAUUGCUAACGAUUCACGUCAAAAGAGGUAUCAAUCUCGCCAUUCGCGACCACAGAAGCAGCGAUCCUUAUGUUGUCGUCACCGUCGCCGAUCAGACAUUGAAAACACGUGUCAUAAAGAAAAACUGCAAUCCAGUAUGGAAUGAAGAAAUGAGUGUUGCAAUCAAAGAUUCCAAUGUCCCUAUCCGCUUGACAGUGUUUGACUGGGACAAGUUCACUGGAGACGACAAAAUGGGAGAUGCAAACAUAGACAUUCAACCAUACAUAGAUGCUCUCAAAAUGGGGAUGGAGCUUCUUAGGCUUCCUAAUGGAUGUGCUAUCAAGAGGGUUCAGCCAUCGAGGCUGAAUUGUUUAUCAGAUGAAAGUAGUAUUGUUUGGAACAAUGGUAAGAUCACGCAAGACAUGAUCCUGAGGCUUAACAAUGUCGAGUGCGGGGAGAUUGAGAUCAUGCUUGAAUGGCAUGAAGGUGCUGGUUGCAGAGGUGUAACUUCCUCUUCCAAAGGAGGAGUCUCUUCCUCUACCUAAGAAAUGUUUGUUUGUUGUUGUUGUUGUUGUAUACCGGAUGAAAGAUAUGUUGUUGUUUGGAUAUGUAUAAGAGACAUAAAGCAUUUUUUUUUGAUGACCUUUUCAUUCAAUAAGAAAAU